UCCAGAAAGGUCAGACGGAAGUUGAUUAGCUCUUUUGGAGCUGAAACACUUUUUCCUACCUUGAAUAUUCCAAACUGAAGGCUCUUGGACUUUGAGAUUCCAGGACUUAUAUCUGUGGCCUCCUGGGUUCUCUAGUGUCUGGGCCUUAGGAUAAAACCUGGCCAUGUGGCUCUACCUGGUGGCCCUUGUGGGCCUUCACUACCUGCUGCGCUGGUACCGAGAGAGGCAGGUGGUGAGCCACCUCCAGGACAAGUAUGUCUUCAUCACAGGCUGUGACUCGGGCUUCGGGAACCUGCUGGCCAGACAGCUGGACAUGCGAGGCUUGAGGGUGCUGGCUGCGUGUCUGACAGAGAAGGGGGCUGAGCAGCUGAGGAACAAGACGUCAGAAAGGCUGGAGACCGUGAUCCUGGAUGUCACCAAGGCAGAGAGUGUGGCUGCAGCCACCCAGUGGGUGAAGGAGCGCGUGGGGGACAGAGGGCUUUGGGGCUUGGUCAACAAUGCAGGCAUUUACCGGCCAAUGGCCUUCUUUGAAUGGCAGAAGUUUGAUGAUGGUAUGAACAUCCUCAACGUGAACCUCCUUGGCUUGGUCCAGGUGACCUUGAGCAUGCUGCCCUUGAUAAGGAGAGCAAAGGGGAGAAUUGUCAAUGUCUCUAGUGUGAUGGGAAGACUUGCUAUAUAUGGAGGAUUCUACUCUAUGUCCAAGUUUGGAGUUGAAGCGUUUUCAGAUACACUAAGGCGUGAACUUCAAGGUUUUGGAGUAAAAGUCAGCAUAAUUACACCUGGUAGCUUCCAAACAGAAAUAACCAAUGUGAAGUCAUCUCUGGAGAGAAUGAAGCAAGUCUGGGAAGAAACUCCUAUGCAUAUUAAGGAGUCCUAUGGAGAGCAAUCCUUUGACUUCUAUUUCAAGUUGGUUAAGAAAGGACUUUUAAAAUGUAGCUCAGACCUGCACCUGGUCACUGACUGCAUGGAGCACGCUGUGACUUCGGCACACCCCCGUACUCGAUAUUUGGCUGGCUGGGAUGCUUAUUUUGUAUUCAUCCCACUCUCUUACUUACCUACAUCAGUGUCAGACUACAUACUGACUAUAUCCAAGCCCAAACCAGCUGAGGCAACCUAAAAACCAACAACAGCAGCCUGAUUCAGUUGUUCUUGGAAUGGAUGAAGAAUAAAUCAGAAACUUGUUGCUAGUGUCUCAGCAAUCAAGUAUUUGUGGCAUAACUGAUUUCUUGCCUAAAAUCAUUUAGCUGGCAUCAUGUUUGAGUUCUAGAUAGCCAUAGUUUGCUACAUUUAGGUGAUGGAUCACUAUUAUUUUACCCAAGUUUAAAAUGAGAAUGUUUCCAACAUGGACUAUUCUUUCUAUUAAACAGUUACAUGAA